UCCAAGAUGAGAUGCCCCAAUCUACACAUUCGAGAUACGCGUACUGAACAUUCUUCCGUCUCUGUUUCGACUCAGAAACAGGAGAGGAGAUGCGAUUGGGGAGUGUCAGUGCUGGAAGGAUCUAAGGUUAGGGGGCGGUUGGAACCUGCCGUGGAGUGUGUGCAUCAUUCAAUAUUCAACCCCCAUCCAUUUUUGCACCCUUCUUCUUCUCCUCCUCCUCCAAUUGACCCAGCAUUUCUCUUCAGGGAUGCCAACGACCAAUCUUCAUCAUGUCUGAGAAUGAUACCACAAAUGAUAGGUCCGAUAGACCUCUCCUCGAAGGCCAUGAGUCGGAAUAUGGCACCCGAGACUCGGCCACAGCUGUAGCUCCUGCUGAAGGGACUUUCAAACGGAACCUUGGAGCCAUUAAUGCUUUUGCGAUCGUGAUCAGCAUUGUCAUUGGGAGCGGCGUGUUCACCUCUCCUGGAUCGAUUGAUGCCAACGUUCCGUCUCCCGGAGCUGCCCUCAUAACGUGGCUUGCCGGAGGCGUGCUUGCUUGGACAGGCGCCAGCACUCUGGCAGAGCUCGGAACGGCUAUACCAGGUGAAGGAGGUGUCCAACCCUACUUGAAACUCAUCUUCGGGGACAUCUUUGGUUUUCUUGCAGCCUGGACAUGGAUCGUCGCGGUCAUGCCUGCUACGCUUGCUAUUCUGAGCAUCGUUUUUGUUGAGAGUAUCUUUUCCGCUGCGGGAGUCACUGAUCAAGCCGGCAACAUCGAACACAAGUUAUUGUCUGUCCUUAUAUUGGUUAUGAAUGCAGCCAAUGGUAUCAGCACCAAAGCAAGUACUCGACUGAAUAACUUCUUCGUCACAACCAAAUUUGUCACGAUUCUGGCAGUCGUUGUCGCGGGCAUAGCUGUUGUGAUUAUGGGAGCUUCGAACCCGAAGAGAGAUAUCGGAGGACGAGACUGGCGAACGAAGCCCUGGUUUGGAUUCCGGGAUAGUGUGGAGCCGGACGGAAGUAUCAUUGAGUGGGGGAAGUUGAGUGAAUGGGAGAUGCUGGGACAUUUCUCAGCGGCACUCUAUGGUGCGCUAUGGGCUUACUCUGGAUGGGACAAGGCAAUAUAUAUCACUGCCGAACUUUCAGCUCCAGCUCGUCAACUACCACUGGCUAUCAACACUGCUGUCCCCACUAUAAUCAUCUGUUUCAUAGCUGCAAAUGCAGCGUACUAUGUCCUUCUUCCAUGGAAUGUCAUUUCCACUACGGAUAGUGUGGUUGUGACAGCAAUAACUCGACUCUUGGGGCCUAGCUUUGGAAUCAUCGCUGCAAUUCUCGUUUGUCUUGUGGUUGCCGGUUCCUUACUUGGAAACUCAUUUGUCGCCAGCCGUAUGACAAUUGCGGCCGCGAAUCAAAAAUGGCUACCCUCUUUUCUCGCUGUUGUUGGACGAGUUGGCACCAAGCCUCCUCAAAACAUCGAAGCUGGUACCUCAAAAGGAUCAGCAUCCGACGCUCCCCUCAACGCCCUACUACUGUCAACCACUUUCUCCGCUGUUUAUAUUAUGUUCGGCAACUUUCGUGCAUUACUUACCUUCAAUGGCCUGGGCGAGUACUCAUUCUUCUUCCUAACCGUUGUUGGAGCAAUCGUUCUACGGUUUCGUCAACCAGAUUUGGAUCGGCCUUAUAAACCUCUUCUCAUCAUUCCGGCCACUUUCGCGAUCGUAAGUGGCUUUGUCGUUGUGAGAGGUGCAGUCUUCGCUCCCAUUCAGACGAUAAUUCUCUUCGUGCUCUGGAUCAUUGGGGUGGGAUUUUACCAGACGAGAAGAUUGUGGGCAAAGGAGGAUUAA